UUACUGUUAAAGCGGGUUGACAUCACUCAAUCGGAAAAUAAAGGAGCAUCAAUAAUGAGUAGAAAAUCACACAGAGAAGAAAUUCUGAAGUCUGUAAUUAGCUCACAAGAAAGUACUAUUAGAGAGCUUAUGGCAAAAUUAGAGAAUUAUUCCUUGCAAGAGAAAGAAAACCCAGCCGAAUUGGAAGAUGAAAUCACUGUACUU